AUGCUGACGGCCACGAAGCCUCCAGCCCCAAAAUUUGCAUUCAAGAAGAAGAAGAAAGUGAAGGAAGACCCACAGCCUUUAAUCAAAUACGAUGAUCCAGAUUUGAAGGUGGUCAUUCGACUUCUUCCUCCUAACUUAACUGAGGAAGCUUUCCUUCGCCAAAUACCAUUUGGUAAUGAAAAAUCGCCAUUGGAGAUAGCUGGCCUCUCAAGGUUCUUUUACCAAACUGGUAGCCCGUCCUUGAAGCCUUUCGAAGAGCCCACCUUCUCCCGAGCUUACUUCCUUUUCCAAAACAAGGAAGCAGCAAAUGCCUUCAGAACCAAGAUGCAACAUGUGGUUAUCGAGGACUCUGACUCAGGCGAUCAAGUUAAAUGUGAGAUGAUGAAACCUAUCUUUGGUGAAGUUAUCGAAACUUCUAAAAAGCCAGGCCCAGGGAAGAUUGAACAGGAUCCAUUAUUCAAGAAAUUCACUGCUCUACGUGCUGCCUCAACAGAAAAAAAGACGAGAAAAGAACAAAAGAAGAAAGCAGCAUCUGCUGCCAUCAACGUUGAGAAGGACAAAACCGUACAGAGCGAGACUCAAACUGCCCCUGCCAUAAACGAACCAAAGCCACAUCCCCCAGCAGACAACAAGCAGCAGGGACACAGCAUCGAAGGAAAGAAAGACAAGAAGAAGCCACCCAAAAAAUCUGACAAAAUCAACGACCAGAAAAAGAAGGAAACGAUAGCUCCCAAAAAGAGCGCUUCCGCGAAUGGUACGAAACCUCAAGCUCAGCCUAAGAAGACCACCGACGGGAAAAAACCCGGUACUGAGCCUCAGAAGCCAAAAAGCAAAGAGAACAAACCCCACAAACCCAAGAAAGUUGGUUCAAAAAACAACAACUCUGGUACCAAUACGACUCAGCGGGCUACAACAGAAGAGAAAAAAACCGCAAAAUCCACGAAAGCUGCUAAGAAGAGCAGCUGA